AUGUUACAGACUGGUGUGGAGAUCAUAGAUCCAGGCCAGGUGGUAUAUGUGGACUCAGGUCUGGAUGGAGUGGUGGGUAAAGCCGUGAUCCUGGAGUGUGGAUCAACCAGACCUGAUGUUUACAUCUGGGGGUUCACACAACCUGGAACCGACGCCAUCAAAGCUGUGGUCUACGACUUUGGAAAAGGCCCUAAGGUGCAGAAGCUGGCCCAGAGUCUAGGAGACAUUCAGGUGAACUCUGGCGCCGCCUCGCUGAGUAUAGAGCGCCUCCCAUUGGCUGCUGAGGGACUCUACACCUGCCAGGCUCUCUACGACACAGAUCAGGGAGCCAAGCUAUACUACUACUAUAUACAUCUACGGGUACUGGUCCCGGUCAGUAAACCCUAUAUUCUGCUGAGUGAUGCGUCCCCGGCGGAGGGAUCUUUGGUGUGGCUGCGCUGCGGCCUGGAGAACGGAACUGAGCCACUUUUCUUCAUGUGGGAGCAUGAGACACACAGCGGAUUGGUCAGCACCGUCUCCCAGGGCAACAGCAGCAUGUUCAACAUGACAGAAGUCAACCGUAACCACACAGGCUGGUAUCGUUGUGUGGCCCGGAACCAGGUCAACCAGGAACGGUCUGACCGCAUCUGGCUGGACAUCAUCUUCGGUCCUGAUAUUCCCCAGAUAGAUGUGACUCCCUACAGUAUAACAGACAGAGGAUACUCUGCUCAGGAGAGACAGACAGUCUCUCUGCUCUGCCAGGCCCAGUCCAACCCUCCCAGUCAAUAUGUCUGGUUCUACAACAACAGCCAGGUGUACACGGGACCCCAGUUCACCAUCACUAGGAUUCUGCGGAUGCACACUGGUACCUAUGCCUGUCUGGCUCAGAACACAUACCUCAACACCCGCACUCGCAAGACCAUCAGCCUCACCGUCUUCUACCCUCCAGAUGGUUCCCCCUCCUGCUCUGUUCUGCCAGCAAUGAACUACUCCUCCCUCAACCUGUCCUGUUCAUGGCUGGGGGGCCUGCCCCCCCCUUCACUACGCUGGACCACAAACCCUCUCUCCCUGGCACAGGGAGGGGCGUGGCUUGGGGGUGAAGGGGCGUGGCCAGCCAACCAUGUCUCCGUACUGCAGUCUGGAUCCCAGACCUCCAACAACUCUCUGUUCACCUGCCUGGGGAUACACCCUGCUCUCAACACCCCCACACAAUGCACUGCACGGGCCUUGUGUUCUGCUUAUGCCACCGGUAAGAACCAAUACCUGCUGCUGUCCUGCUCCUGGGAAGGUGGGUCUCCCAGGUCCAUAGUGUGGUGGGAGGGGCCUAAAGGAGAGGGCAGGGGCCAAGGAGUGGAGACCUCCAACAUCCUGGUACUUCGUUCUAACUCCACCCAGGAUGGACAGGCCUACACCUGCUACGCCAAACACCCCAUGGACACACGCACCAGGACCUGCAGCCUUAGACUGGAGGCUCCAGUCUUGUUGACCCAGCGUAGUGUGGUGUCUGUGUUUGAGGGCAGUGAUGUCCAGCUCACCUGUAUCCUGCAAGCUAACUAUCCCCCGGUCAAUCAGAUCGUCUGGUUCAACAACCGCAGACAAGAAGUCAUACAGGGCACACAGAAGUACGUGCUGCGUCGCGCGGCUGCGUGGACCAACCUGACGGUCCUAGAGACGGAUGGAACAACAGACAGCGGCCAAUACUGGUGCUCCGCUAGCAACGCUGUGGGAGGGACCGAGAUCCCUGUUACGCUACUGGUCAAGAGAUACCCCAUGCCUCCCAAUGUGACCCUGGUAAGGCUGGUUUACAGCAGUCGGCAGCGCAGAGAGGUGGAGCUGGAGUGGCAGAUGGAGGGAGAAGGAGAAGGAGGAGAGGGAGGAGGGCUGACUGGGUUUAUACUUGACCACAGACUAGAGGAGGCACCAGGGAGAAGGAGAGGAGAGGAGGAAAAAGAAAAGGACAGAGAGGAGGCUGGUGCAGAUUCUGCUGACCAAGAGGAGCAGCGACAGGGGAAAAGGAGUAGUUUCUCUCCAUGGAAGCAGGUGGCGGUAUUGGAAGCCAGGCAGAGGGUCCAUACGCUGGGCAACAUGACCCCAACAGAUACCUACCAGAUACGCAUCACAGCUGUCAAUCACAGAACCCUCGGACACCCCUCCCCCCCAGAAACACCAGCGGACCCUCCCUUCAGUGCGUACCCUGCUGUGAUUGGAGCUGCCAUCGGAGGGAUGCUCAUCACUACCAUAGCAACUGUUCUACUUUUCAUGUACAUCAUCCGCAACCGCAACAACAACCCCAGCGGCAAGCGACAGGGUGAUCAAUCGUACGCUUGCGUCCCAUUCCCAUAA